AUAUAUGUUGUGGUUCCAACUCGGAAACCCUUCCCCUGCCUCUCUAGUCUCUACGGUUUUGCUCCGAUGGAAAUCCCGGCAAGAUAAUGCGAGGGGAAAAGGCCGCCUCUCUCGUCGACUGCUGCUUUGUUUGAUCUCGGGUGAUUGCUGAUUUCAAUCGGUAAAGCGCUGUUUUUCUUUGCCUGAUCUGUGUUUGCUGUAGUGUCGGGUGAAUUUUUGAUUGUGCGAGAAUGGGACUUUUUGAUAAUCGCGGCCCGGGGAAUUUGUAAGUUUCUUGGAUGCGAGAUGUGGAAAAACCUGCUUUUUGUGCGGAAUCGAGUUGCUCUUGGAAAACCCUUUCUUAGUCAACUGGAGUCGUCGAGGCCAAGGGAAUGGAGCGCUUCGUCGUCGAUAUAAGCUCCGAUGAGGAGGAGGAUUAUGGUCGGGGGAGGACCGAUCGCCGCUCUUUCGACUGGGUAGACGAGCUGCUUGAUCGCGCGGUGGGGCGGCGGGUGGAUGAAUCUGACGAUGUUGUCGUAGUGGACGAGUUCUCGCUCCCUGCUGUAAAGAAACGACGGCUGAACCCAGAGCCUUUGGGUCUGAGUAAGCGGGACGAUGAGGAUGAUGAUGAGUGCUUGGUGCUGGAAGCAGACCCGGACAAGCCUGCCGUAGCUGCUGAAGAUAAGAAUUUAGGUGGAGAUGAAGAAGAUGAUGAUCUGCUUGUCCUAGCGGAGAAGGGGCAGGUGGCUUGCCGUGAUUACCCACACUCACGAGAUCAGUGUGCUACAUACCCUUUUGCCUCAUCAUCACACAGAGAGUAUUGUCACUUGUGCCAUUGUUAUGUCUGUGAUUCUCCAGCCCCUUGCAGUUAUUGGGGCAAUGGUAAUUUUGACAGAGAUCAUUGCCAUGCUAGUGAUAAAGAAGAAAGAUGGAAAUCUUGGAGGAAGUACUUCAAACAGAAGAACACAACCACUGCACAUCCACUGAACUCAACAAAUGAUUCAUUUAAUAUCCCAACGUACAGAAAUGCAGUACCACUAAGUCAUUCCAAUAUGGUUCCUUUAAGAUCAAGUUCACUCCAGAAAUGCUCAACCAUCUCAAACUCAGAUCUAACCGACAUUGUAAACCAAUGUCAACCUUAUAUUGCAUCUUCUCGUAACCUGCAACUCGGCCAACAGCUAACGAGGCCCUCACUUAAUCCUAGGCUGCAACAUGUGCAGAAUGAGGUCCAUCUUCCUGCAUUAAAUUCUCAACGUAUGCAUUCUCAUGCGAGAUCAAGAAGCUUAGGGUCUAUGCAAUCUGGAUCUGCUGUCAUUGCUAGCCAUUCCCAGAACAAUAUUUCCCAUCAUAAUCGAGCUCAAAGAGCUGUGCAACAGAAGUCUACUUAUACAACAGUGUCACCUCAGAUUCCUUAUUGCAAUCAAGGGCAAUUGAGAUCUGAGGAUGUCUUGGUAGUAUCGCCUGUUAUACCAGAUCAGAUGCAAACAACUUUAUAUUCUGAGAGUACAGUAGCCCAAGUUGAAAGUUCUACAGUACCUUUGAUAACAGCAACAGAUAUUAUGGAGAAGAGUUGGGAAGAUCUGCUGGCUAGUUUGCAAUCUGAACUCGAAGAUCCUACCCUUUCUGACUUUGGCUUCAACAAUAACCAUCAGUCUCUAUUAGUUCCUUCUCCACCACUGCAUUGUGAUAAUUUACUUUAUGGAACUGAUGCAACUAUAGCUACUAGCUCUGCUCCUGUCAUUAAUCGUAGUCCCAUCAGAUAUGAGCCGAGUUUGUCAAAUGACAGAAUGGAUCAAAUUCUAGGGCAUGAUCAGGGUAAAGAUCCUGAUUUAAAAUCAGCGCAGACACCCAAUGUAUCUCAGGUGACUAGCUUUGAUAGUUUGAUAGCUUCCAUGGAGAAUGAAAUAUGGUCGUAGUUAUUGUAGAUUAACAAGCUUGUCGGAAUAGACGGUCAGUAGUUCUCACAAACAUUGAAUGUUUGAUUAGGUCUUAUCUCGAUGCCUUUUUGAGAAUUGCAAGUUGUGCUACAUCCAGAUCAUGUCCUGUCUUACGAUUAGAUAAGCAUAUAGCUUGCAUAGAUCAAGGAGGGUGGUUUUGCGUUGCUUUCAGGUAGCGUGGAAAUCUCAACUGAUAGAUUUUCCACUUGCGGGCAUCUAUUAUCAAAUGUCUAUUGCUUAAUACAAUCAGCAACACUAUUCGUAUAAAUCUUGAUGUGAAAGAUA